AUGACAGGUGUCGUACAUCAUGUCGCACAAACGGGAUUUGGGACAGGGACCAACGAGCUAUACGAUAAAGCGCGCCCUUCUUACCAGGCUCCAGCCAUUUCGUACAUUCGUCAAGCUGUCAAGGCCCCAACGCCGCUCAACAUCGUUGAGAUCGGCGCAGGAACUGGCAUAUUCACUCGCGCCCUCUUGGCUCACCCAGAAUGGUCUAAAGAUAUCGGGGGGCUGAGGGCUGUAGAACCCAGCGCGGGCAUGCGCGAUGUGUUUGUUAAGACCGUGUCGGACGAGCGCGUCGUUGCACAAGAAGGAUCCUUCGACCAGACAGGCGUUGAAGCCGGACAGACUGAUUUAGUUGUCGUCGCGCAGGCCUUCCAUUGGUGCCCGGAUUUCGAUGCUGCGGCCUUAGAAUUUGCUCGCAUUUUGAAGCCUGACGGCGUCGUGGCGCUCAUCUGGAAUCUUGAGGACCGUGAUUCCGCCACGUGGAUCGGUCAAGUCCGAGACCGAAUCGAACGAUACGAAUUGGGCACCCCCCAAUUCCGCCUCGGCCUCUGGCGGAAAUUAUUCGAAACCCCAUCUUACCAAAAACUCUUUCAACCACCGAUAGAGGAAGUCUGGUCCUACACCCUCGAUGGGUCUAUCGACAUUGUGACGAAUCGCGCGUUAAGCAAGAGCUAUAUCGCUAUUCAGCCAGAGGAUGUCAAGUCCAAACUGAGGGAUGAAAUUAGAGCAGUCCUCGAGCGAGGUGACGGAAAGAAAUGGGUCGACGAGGAUAAGGGAAUUUUCGAGUAUCCCUACAAGACUUAUGUGGUCAUUCUUCGCCAGAAGUAG